CGGCUUAUAAAGGUUCUGCCGUACGCGUACGCACGCAGAGCGCGUUCAAACUCAUCCGCAAUACUAGUGCCGAGUGUUGGAAACCUAAUAUGGCUUGCAUUAAAUAUGUGAUAGUGAUGCUGAUUAUAUCAGCUACAGUGGUGACAUCGGAAAAUAAGGAAAAAUAUUUUAGGAAUAUAUCUCCUAUAGCGAAGGAUAAAAGUGAAUUAAACAAUGAUUUGAAAACCGAAGGCAGUUCUUAUUCGCAUCAGUAUUCGGACUGGGGCGGAAGCAGUCCUGGUGGCUACGGAUUUUCAGUAACAGGUUAUGGAACAAUAGAUGAUAAAUACAGUAACAACCUCGCCUCUAAAGGAUUCGACGGUUAUGACAACUCGCUCAAAGGUUAUGGUUAUGCCGGUCAUAACAACUUGGGUUACAAUGAAGUAAAUGGUUUUGGGGGUAAUGAAGGUUACGGUGCAUAUAAGGGGUAUGGAGGCAAUAUCCCAAACGGAUAUAACUCCAAUAAAUUCGUUCCCGGCGGAUAUAGCCAAAGUGGAUAUGUUCCAAAUGAAUUUGGUCCUAGUGGUUACUCUUCGCCGGGGUAUGGUCCUAGUGGAUAUGAAGGUAGCGCAUACGCAGGUAAUGGAGGAUACGGAGGAUUCGGGGGCAAUGGUGGCUUAGCCUCUUACAGCGGCUAUAACAAUCCUAAUUAUCAAGGCGGUGGUCACCUUGGAUACGGAUAUUAUAAUAAAAAAGGCGGUUUCGGUAAUAUUUACAGCAGUGGUGUAACACCUAGCUUGGUAACCGGCUAUAGAGGUUACACGCGGAGAUAAUAUAAGAGAUAACGAUUGACACAAAAAGGCAACUAGUUUUAUACGUAUUGUUAGACAAAAUUUACAAUUAGAUGCCUCUAAUGCGUCAUUCGAGACGAAAUGUUAUAAUGUAAAAUAAUUAUAAAAGCGUUAUUUGGAAUUAAUUAAAAGAAACAAGCGGUCUCCAAAUAUUGUCAUCACUUUAUCUGUUCCAUUUAAAAUUAAUACACGAUAUAUGUAUUAUAACAACCAAAGAAGUAUUAUUGUGAUAACUAAUCCAAUCUAUUGAUUUUAUUUGUUUUGAUAAGAAAAAAAAUGUAUAUGUGUGAAUCUAUUGUAAUAAAAUGUUGAUGCUAUAAUUAUUAAUUGUCCAUGACAAACGACGUUUAUACAAACGAGUUUCUACUUCAAGUAUUAAAAAUGUGACCAUUUUAUAUUUAAUGAUAUUAUAAAACUGUAACUUUAAUUAAUAUAACUACAUUUAUUUAUUUAAAUA